UCCUUAUAGGCCACACUAGACUGACCCACAGCCAUCUCAUCGAACGAUCCAGUCCUCCUCUCUGCCAAUUCUGCGGUACCACUAUAACAAUAUUCCACCUCUUAACAGAAUGCCACGGAUACACACAACUUCGUAAUACUUGCCAUCUUGACGCCAACAUAGACUCAAUACUUUCACCUCAUCCACAGAAACAGGAAAAUCUACUAAAAUUUCUAAAACUAUCACAUUUAUUCCAUCAACUAUAACAAUCUAAUAGUCUAAUUUUUCCACAAAAAGAGGCGAAAGAACUCCGCAGGAGCCAAAGCCUCUCUAAACCAUACUAACAACAACAACAAUUAUAAAAAGACCCUUCUCAAGGAGAACAUCGUGUUGUUCGUGAUCCCUUACAAACGUACCCCUAUCAAGUCUAACCAUGUCUGGCCGUGGAAAGGGAGGAAAGGUAAAGGGAAAGGCAAAGUCCCGUUCCAACCGUGCCGGUCUUCAGUUCCCCGUUGGCCGUAUUCAUCGUCUCCUGCGCAAGGGUAACUAUGCCGAGCGCGUCGGUGCCGGAGCACCCGUGUAUCUGGCAGCCGUCAUGGAAUACUUGGCUGAAGUGCUUGAGUUGGCCGGAAACGCUGCCCGUGACAACAAGAAGACGCGCAUCAUCCCGCGUCAUCUGCAGCUGGCCAUCCGCAACGACGAGGAGUUGAACAAGCUGCUGUCCGGAGUAACCAUCGCUCAGGGUGGUGUGCUGCCUAACAUUCAGGCCGUGCUGCUGCCCAAGAAGACCGAAAAGAAGGCUUAAACGGUGUGACAAAGCUUCCUUCAUCUCAAACCCAAAACCGUCCUUUUCAGGGCGACAAAUUACUUUGCCAAAGACAUUUUAUUCGAUUUAUGCUGUUAUGGGAGAACCAGAAGGAAAAAAAAUCCAGAUAUAUCAAGAACCGUGCUUGAAACUGUGUACAAAAUGUAAAUGAAAAAAUGUGCCGUCCUUUGGCACAAAAAGCA